UAAGUUAUAUAAACAACUAGUUGACAAUGCUUUCACCGAAAGCCAAUCAAAAUAGCUCAAGUUUGAGCAACUGCGAAACGGACCUACCAGAUCAACAACAACAUAACCACAGACACCCAACAGUAAACGGAAAUAGUCACUUGCGGACGCACAAUGAACAGAAAUUUCAACAGUCACAAUCACAGCAACAUUUGUCUUCGAACAUCAAUCGACGAGGAAGUUCGAGCAAUGUCUUACCGCCACACAUGACAACUUUGUCAAGCAGUGGUGGUAGUGUUACGAAUUCAACACUGCGUCGCAAAUCAUCAUCGUGUUAUCAACAACAAUUACUUGGCAGUAAUGCAAUUAAUUGCAGUACAGAUACAUUGAACGACUGCAACAAUGACACUUCACUAACACGUUAUAGCCCACACCCAAAUGAUUUAUUUCUACAACAUCAACUUUAUCAUCACCAUAGGAAGCCGAGUUUACAGCCUAUUGAACGGUUUGAAGAUUCUCUGGCAUGUUGUUUACCACCACCAUCACCGGCGCCUAACAGUGACCGUUUUAUUGAGGGCACAUGUGUAAUAAUACCACCAAGUAGCGGUGGUACGGGACAAGUGGAAACACAAAACGCAUCCCAAAAUCAUCAGCAACAAACAAUUUCGUCUUCAACAUCUAAUUCUUCGAUGUCUACGGGCGUCGGUAGUUCGUCGUCUUCGACAGCAUCCGCUUUUCAACCAGCGCCUAGUCAUCAUAGUUUAAAAUACAGUGCAAACCAAUCAAUAAAUGCUAUGCAACGUUCAAUUUCGCCCAGUACAACACGUUUUCGAAUAAAUAAUGAUCGCUAUCGUGACAUAAAUUCAGCAAAUUCCUCGCCAUCUGUAAACACUGCCCCGGGUUCAAGUUCGGUUGUAUUGCCUUCAUCGACUAGGUUUGUGAAUUUAUCUUCACAUUUUCCCUAUCAAAACUGUACUACGCCUUCGUUAGUGUCAACAGACACCUAUUCCUAUUUGACCUCAACUGUUCAUACACCUGUCAAGCGCUAUGUGCCAACUCCACCACCCCCAAAUCAGUUAUAUGUUUCUGAUCAACAUCAUGUGCAUCAUCAAAUGAACAUGCAAACCCCGACUCAAAUACCAGCAAAUUCAGGCGCAACUACAACAAAAAAUAGUAGUUCAAUGAACACAAGCUCAGGAUCAUCAGUAGGGACUUCCACUUCCGCUGCUAUACCAUAUCGUGUACACACUAUUAAAUGUUGUGCACCAGACCAGGUGAAUGAUCAGCAGGCUACGUUAAAUUUAAAUCAGCCAAAUGAAUUUUACAGCUCAUCGCCUCGAUUGCGCAAUUCGUAUAAUUGUAGCAAAACAGCUGCUAAAGAUCCCCCUAUGAUUGUAAACUUUAAUGAAUCACAAACAGCUCAGCCAUCCCUUAGCAAAAGUUCGAAUAUGAUGGCUUCACAGAACUGCUCAACUACACAAAAGCAUAUGAUAGCGACUAUAAUGGGAUGUGGUAAUGGAAAUGGCGGCGUAACUUCACCGUCAACAAAUUUAAAUUCAUCGGUUGGAUCAAGGUCACAAAUGCCAACGUAUACAUCACGGAAUGGUCUUUGUUCCCUUUUAAAUGACUUGCAAGAGCCAUUGAAUUCAACAAUUCAAAAUAUGAAUGAUGCAAGUCAAACUAACACCUGUACCAAUGCAUUAAGAAGUGAAGAUAUUUCAAAUUCGACGGGUAUUUCAAUUGGAUCGGGAACGUCAUCAACGUGCCUGCAUUGCAAAACCGUACGACGAACUACCGGCGUUCAUCAGACUACACAAACAACAGGACCCAUUAGCCCAGUGCCUCAAAUGGCGCCACUAAUUACUACCAACAAUAAUACCGCCAAUCAAGGAUUUAGCAAUGAACGGAUGACCAACAUUACAAUGACAUUAGCCCCCACGCCAACGGAGACCUCAAACCAUUUAACUCCUCCAACCACUUCUAUGAGCCCAUCAAAUCGUUUACUUUACAAAAAGCUGGAUAUUUCGCCGGACCAAAUAUUUUCAAACCAAUUGAAGUCCAACAGUAACAACAAUCAAAUAAUACAGGCACAUAUAAGUGAACCAAAUCAACCACAAUCUUCGAAUUUGGAACACUUUUUACCAACAGCACGCUCGUUAAACCAACAAAUACUGCCAUCAAAUCAGCCAAUAUCUCAACCGCCAAACAAUUCAUUGCAACAGCAGCAGCAACAACAACAGCGAUACUCCUGUAAAAAACGUUUUACUCAGUAUAUGCGCCGUGAAGUGUUGCGCUUCUUCGGUAUCGAACAAUCCACCGAGGCUGAAGACUACGGUGUAUGGCAAGGACGACAAAGACGUCUGGCUAUACGACGUUUUGGUAGCCUCAAAACUGAAAGUGAACUCCAGGCUGAACUUAGCGAUGUUUGUUCGAACGAUAAUACCAGUGGUUCUAUGCCACGCAAUGGUAUUCACUGUUCUGCUUUUAACAGUGAGAAUCAACAGCAUCACUAUCAUCAUCAUCACCAUAAUCACCAGCGGCAUACUACUGAGAGGCCAGAUAUAUUGCCCAUUCAAGACACCGAAGGUGACGAUACAAUGUUAAAUAAUGGUGGUGGUGAUAGUACUGGAAACAGUGGUGUAAACGUUGGCAAUAAUAUUCAUGUAAGGGGACGGUGUCAGCGUGACCAAUAUCAUCAUCCGCAUUACAAUGUUGACUUUCAAGUGGGGGAUCAUGUUGAGCGAAAAGCUUCUGUAGCUAGUAUGUUAGUGCAAAGCUUUAGUUUUAUAAAGCAUACUCUUAACAAACACCAAACGUCUCGAUACAAACGACGCCAGUGGUCUCGUAGUUUUGCACCUGCUCAUGUUCAGUACCACAUGAAUAACGGUGGUCACGUAACGAGAAAUGAGUUCUAUGAAGGCUUGUCUGCUUUACAGGAUGACGAAGUGUUUUUCGAUUCUCCUCCUGGAGUGGACACAAGCGGUGUGAUGGGAUCGGGAUCAGGUCCUGCGAAUACAGGCAAUAAUGCUACCAAUAUUUCCAAUUCAUCCAUUAAUUCAUCAAUGCGAGUAACUAGUGUGGAACGCCAGAUGUUUAUAAGCGGCGAGCGCAGUCAGCAAGGUUGGCGCACAAGUAAUAUCAUUGGUCAGAAUGACGGAUCUCUGACAGUGCAUCAACCGAUAGUGGUUCACGCCAGCGCAGAACAACAAAUCUCCCACCAACAGCAGCAUCAACAGCAGUUACACGGCAUACGAGGUAAUCGUAUAUCGGCUCAACUUUUAGAUGGCGUCUUAGAAAAUUCCCAACGUCCCGUUGCAAAAAGAAUAAAACUAUUCUGUGCGAACGAUUUAGAUGAUCGGACCGACCAUCGGCCUUUCUUUACAUACUGGAUUAACACCGUCCAGAUAAUCGUCCUGUUUUUCUCCCUUCUAUGCUAUGGCAUUGGACCGAUAGGUUUCGGCGUUGAACAGCGAACUGGCCAAGUAUUGGUUACUAGUCUAAGCUUACAAACUGUAGAACACUCAGAGCAGCGCAAUGUGUGGAUUGGUCCACGAAAUCAAGACUUGGUGCAUAUGGGUGCCAAAUUUGCAACGUGCAUGAGAAGGGACGUGAAAAUAAUUGACGUAGUAAUGAAAACAAGGCGUCAGGAACGAGAAACCGCAUGUUGUAUUCGUAACGAUGAUUCAGGAUGUGUACAAAGUUCACAAGCAGACUGCUCUGUACGAGGUCUAUUUCCAACUAAAUCUAUAUCAACGUGGAAAAAAUGGUCACCCGGUGAAUCUGGACCGGGUGGCCGAAUUUCCGGCUCAGUAUGCGGUUUAGAUCCAAAGUAUUGCGAUGCCCCCGCAUCUAUUGCUCCCUACGAAUGGCCAGAUGAUAUCACCAAAUGGCCAAUUUGUCGCAAAACGAAUUCCUUUUCACAACGCUUUCGAUUUAAAGAUCAUACCGCCGAGCAUAUGGUAUGUGAAGUCAUCGGCCACCCCUGUUGCACUGGCAUAUACGGUGAAUGUCAAAUUACCACCAGAGAAUAUUGUGACUUUGUCAAUGGGUAUUUUCACGAGGAAGCAUCACUGUGUUCACAGAUUUCAUGUCUCAGCAAUGUUUGUGGCAUGUUUCCAUUUGUUAAUGUUGAAGUGCCUGAUCAAUUUUAUCGCCUUUUAACAUCACUAUGUAUGCAUGCUGGCAUACUGCAUUUAGUAAUAACAGUGGUAUUCCAACAUAUAUUCCUGGCUGACUUAGAACGUCUAAUAGGACCCAUACGAACGGCGAUUUUGUACAUUGGUACAGGCCUAGCUGGUAAUUUGACAAGCGCCGUAUUAGUGCCGUAUAAACCCGAGGUGGGUCCAUUGGCUUCACUAUCUGGUGUGAUAGCAUCAUUAGUGGUACUUUUAAUACAUGCACAUUGGCAACAGCUACACAAGCCCCAUAUAGCUUUGUUUAAAUUAAUAGUAAUUGGAGCGGUGCUGUUUGCGAUUGGAACGUUACCAUGGCAACUUAACUUCGCCAGUUUAUUUGCGGGUAUAUUCUGCGGAAUUUUUCUAACUAUUGCCCUGGUCCCAUUUGUCAGCAUUAAUAAAUAUAAACGCAAGUCUAAGAUAAAUCUUAUUUGGACCUGCAUAAUUUUUCAUAUAUUUGUUUAUACAACAAUGUUUAUUAUAUUCUAUAUGUUUUCCACGGAACUAACGAAGCUUAGCUUCGGUGAGGUUUUUACAAAUAGUUUUAACACAGGAGUUACAAGCAGUUCUGGAGGAGGUAGUGCAACUAGCUCACCCGGUAUAACCACAACAGAUAUUAUGCACACGGGGAUUUCCAGCAACAAUAUUAAUCGCCACUCAUUUAUGCAGCAGCAGCCACUGUAUCAUCGUUAUCAUCAUAUGUCAGAUGAUAUAAUAAAAAAUAAUGCUGCCGCAGCAGUAGAUGUAGCUACUGCCACCUUAGCCGUAGGUGCUGAUGGAGCAAUCGGCAUUGAAAAUGUAGGCAGAGAGGGUAGUCAAGUAGUUAUGAUAAAUUAAGUUAUAUAAUAUAUAUAUAUAUUUUAUUUUACCACUGAAUGAUUUCAGUAAACACAAAUAGUUUAUAACAUAAUAAAGAUACAAAAUAAAUUGACGCUCUAAAAUAUAUUACACAUACAUUAGU